AUGAAUUGCGAAGAUUGCGACGUAUACGGUUUAUAUCAAUUUGGGCCACACGCUGUUCGACUGACUGACUUGCCCGAAUUUCCUGAAGCCGCUCACGUUCUUGCAUGGAAUGAACAGACACCUCAACACGCAUGUCGUGAUAUCUUUGCCGAGAAAGUGCGUUGCGUUGCUCGCGCUGCUCGUCUGUCCCCAAAGACCGAGCUAGAGCAUGCUGUAAGCGGUCUGCACUAA